UACGUGGCCAUCAAGUAUCCGUUAAAAGCCCGGGAAAUUUUAUGUUGUAGAAACGCGCUGGUGGUUUGCGCGCUCAUUUGGCUGGUCACGUGCUCGUUCAGCGCCGCGUUCCACCGCGUGGACGAACCGAAACAAAAUACUACGAUCAAGUGCUUUCAGAAAAACAAAGAAGAGGAAUUACCGUUGGCCUUCAUUUUGGUUAUAAACAUCAUUGGGUUCCUGGUGCCGUUCCUUAUUAUGUUGUUCUGCUCCGUUACAGUCAUUUUGAAAUUAAAGAAACAGUUAGCAAUCGGAUCCCGCUGUGAGAAGCUCCAGUGUAUGUUCAUCAUGGCCGCCAAUCUGGCUGUUUUCGUCAUAUGUUUUUUUCCCAUCCACUUCGGCUUUUUCCUCAAGUACGUCAUGCAGGCUCAUAGGCACGAGUGUGGCGCGCAGUUUUUCGCGCAUAAUUUCGUUCACGGCGCGAUGUGCGUGUCCAGCAUGAACUGUGCUCUCGACUGCUUCAGUUAUUAUUUUGCCACCAAAACAUCGUGGAAAUUGUGCACCUCGAAACAAACUGCAAGAGAGGAAUAUAAGUGCAAUUAUUACAGGGUCGCACAAUGACUUCUGGGAAACUUCCCUGCUGGAAAGACCAGCUAAAACCAGCCUAA